AUGGUAUCUAAUCCUUCUAGACCCUUGGGCAUCGACGUAUCCCGUUCCUCCAUGGAAGCGCCACCGGGAAUAGUCGCCUUGUUCGUCAUCAGCUUCGACAUAAGGACCGGAUAUGUGGUAUCAUGGAAGCGAACUGCACCGGGGGUUGAGGUUGAAGGAGUCGUGGAAUAUAAAUCACUGCCAUCUGGGCUGCACAAUGUGCACGAAGACCUAGUAUACUUUGUCCAUGAACAGUAUGCCGGGAUCAGCGCGUUUGUCAACCACCCCGCCGCGGAGGCCGAACGCAAUGCGAGGAUGUUCGCGAUCGGGGUUCUGGUGCCCCUUAGCACUGGGAGGCUUGGAAAGAGCUGGCGACACGCCCCGAGGAUCAAGGAACUGGCGCUGUUCGUAAUUCCCAGAUACCCGCAACAGACAAGGUUCCGACUGACAUUGGAGGAUCUAACUCUUCGGCUCCUGAUUCCCCCCCUCGACUCGCCUCUCAGUCUUCGUUUCCGGCCCGGCGAGCGAGCGGAUCGCUCGAGUCGCAACCGCGCCUUCAGCGAUGCAAUGGUAUUGGAAACGUUCAGGCCGGCCUUGACUCCCUUCCAUCCUGCCUCAUCGCUUCCUGAUUUCAUGGACUGCUUUGGUCCUUUGAUCUUCCCCCUCUACCGAGCAGCUUUGCUGCGCAAGAGGAUUCUCUUCAUGGGGGAGGCUCCUGUACACUCAUCUUGCAACUUUGUAUAUGAUCUAUCUCUACUAGCAUCAUUACCGAACUCCCUCCUCCAGCUUCUCCCCGACGAUCGCAUCCCCCCAAUGCGCCCCCGCCCCCUCUUCAACGUCGGCAUCCAUGAUAUCCCCUACCUCUCCUCCUUCGACCCAUCGCGCAGCAUAGUAGACCUCGAAACCGACCCGAGCUGGAUCGCCUGCUCCACAGACACGGUCUUAACCAUGAAACUCGACCUCUUCGACGUGCUCAUCACCCUCCCCGCACCAUACACCCAACAAACUGCCGAACGAACCUACCCCAAGAUCUCCCUAAUCCACAACCCAAGCGGCAAACCCAACCAAGCCCAACAAAUCCAGCUAAAAGCAACCCAACGCGACGCCCGCCGCUACUCAAUGCUCCGCCGCGGCCUCCGCCAAUUCUCCUCCGACCGCCCUACAUCCCCAGAAACCGACCCCUCAGACACAGACUCAACCUACUCCUCCAGCCCGAUCGUCGAACCCCUCUCCUGGACCCGCCUCGCCUACACCUCUUUCAUCUGGUGGGCCUCCGCCGGCGAAAACCGCGACGGCCUCUCCGAAGAAGAAGAAGAACACCAGCUAGAACAAGACUCCCGCCUUCUGGCAAGCGUCGAGAGUCUCGCCCACCCCUACAACCCGCACGCGCAAUCCGGCACCCUAAAUGAAGACCAGCCGCCUGAAAUCGCGCUGGUCGCGUACUUCCGUCGUCUGACGUCGCAGAUCUUCGUCACCCUGGCGGAGGCGAUCGCGCGCAAUGAUAGCGACGAUGCAUAUGAUGGAUACCAUGAUGAUCCGGAUGAUGAAAUGGACGCGUCGCUCUCCAUGUCCCGGGAUUCCAUGCAUGGUGAUGAGGGAACCUCGCCUCUGCUUCGGCAGCGGCCGAGUGUGAGCGGGUCUCAUCGUGCCUCGAGAGCGGGUCAUCGGGACUGCGAUGGCGAUGAUACUGUUACCAUUACGGUGGCGGAUAUGGCGGAGAUGGGGCUUGAUGUUUGGAGUGCUACCGACCGGAUCUUUGUUGAGGAGCUGGUUUCUUUGUGGUGGGGGCGUAGUGCGAAGGUUGAUAGUGCGAGGAUCAGAUGUUGUGGGAUCUCUGUUUUGUAG